CAACAAACUACUGAGGGCCCCUUCAAGUCGGCGUCUGGCCAUGACGUUGGCUCGGCUCGUAUGGAGCAACCGGUAAGGAUAGUCCCGAGUCCUCAUGUCAUCAAGGCAACCGGAGAUGUUGAAAAGCCCACAGUGAGCGUCCGGCCGGCCGACGAUUCGUUUGAUGACGACGACGGCCCAUCAAACCGAAAAGAGGAUCCAGUUGCCUAUGAUUCUUUUGACGAUGACGACGGCAAAUUGGACCAAAAAGAGAAUGAAGGCGGGUGGCGAUUUCCAACCUCCGCUGGCGAG